AUGCCGCACGGGAGCGAGCCGUCCGGCUCAACCCCGCUGUUGGAUCUGCCCACCAUGCGCGUCGUAUCAUUCGUUUCUGGCCUCGCGUUCGCGUUACGGUAUGUGAAUGACUCGGGCAUCUGCGAGACGACGCCUGGGGUGCAUCAAAUGUCGGGGUAUAUCGAAGUCGGGACGAACAUGUCAAUGUGGUUUUGGUUCUUCGAGGCGCGGGAGAAUCCCGAGUCCGCACCGUUCACCCUUUGGCUGAAUGGCGGUCCGGGAUGCUCAUCUAUGAUUGGACUUUUCCAAGAGAACGGGCCUUGCUUGGUUAAUCCUGACGGCGAGUCCACAUAUUCAUAUACUUCUCGUGCGAUUAGCUGGAACAAUGCUAGCAAUAUGAUCUACAUCGACCAGCCGAUCGGCACCGGCUUUUCGUAUGGCGAGGACACCGUGAACAGCACGUUCACCGCAUCUCCCUUCGUCUGGAACGCCUUCCAGGUCCUCUUCGAGAGCGGCGAGUUCUCUAAGUACGAAAGCAGGGAGUUCAUCUUCGCGACGGAGAGCUAUGGCGGGCAUUACGGCCCCGCCAUGGUCACGUACUUCGACCAGCAGAACGCGCUUAUCGACGCCGGAGCACUCCAAGGCGAGAAAGUCGUCGUCAGCGCGCUGAUGAUCAAUAACGGGUGGUACGACCCCCUCCUGCAGAACAAGGCCUACGUCGACUUCGCAACGUACGCCCCCGGGUACGGCCAGCUGCAGAACGACAGCGUGCUCGCGCAGCUCAACGAGGCGUUCUACGGCCCUGGCGGGUGCCUCGUCCAGGAGGCGGCGUGCUACGCCGCGGGCAACUCGUCCGCGUCCAACGAGAUCUGCGCGACCGCCGAUAACUACUGCAUUGAGUACGUGUUCGUCCCGGCGGUGGGCGACCGCGACUCGGACGACCUGCGGCAGAACGCGUCCGCACUCUUCCCGCCGGAAUACUACGUCAACUAUCUCAGCCUGCCGUCCGUCCUCGCUGCCAUCGGCGCGGAGAGCAACUACUCCGAGUGCCCCGACGCGCCGUACGAGCUGUUCACGCGCACGGGUGACGACGCGAGGACGCUGCUCCCCCAGCUGGGAGCGCUGGCGAAUUCGGGGUUGAAGAUGCUUAUCUGGGCUGGCGACGCGGAUAUCAACUGCAACUGGCUGGGCGGGCACGCGUCCGUGCUCGCGAUGAACUGGUACGGCAGCGCGCGGCUGCACGCGACGCCAUUUACCAACAUGACGAUCGACGGGACGCCCGUCGCGGCGGUGCAGAACGUGGACAACUUCACCUUCGCGAGAGUGUAUGCGUCGGGCCAUGAAGUUCCCGCUUUCCAGCCCGCAGCCGCCCUGGAGAUCUUCACGCAGGUCAUCAAUAAGGAGCAGCUGCAUUCGGUAUGA